UUGUAGCAUAGCAGAGGCACGCUGUCCUCUAACCUACAGAGUCACAUUAGUUGUUGGCAUGGGACUCAUGAUGGCAAACAUGCUCAGGUUGUUGUUCAAGCAACUGGUUUGGUUUUUACUUGUGGAAAACUUCUUAAUCUCUCCUGCUUUGUCAUAUACUUAUAGCACUGACACAUGGCAACAACUUCCAAGGCGAACACCGCAAUUUGACAAUCGGCCACGCUUUAAACAGCCUCCACUCCAACAAACAGUUUCAAGGCCAGUUCGAGUAGAAACUGUCGCUGUGACGUGCCAUUCAGACUACAUGGAGAUAGUCGUGAAGGCUGAUCUGUUUAAACUCGGUAAUCUAAUCGACGUGGAUGACCUGCGACUUGGAGUUGAACAGUACCAAGACCAAGAGCACUGUAGGGCUACAGCUUCAGCAGCCAGAGAUGAGUACAGAAUAUUUGCAGCACUUUCGGACUGUGGAACCAAGUACCUGAUGAACGAAGACUCAUUGAUCUACACAAACCUCCUCAGAUAUACACCCAGAACCACACCAGAUGGCAUUAUUCGAAUGGCUGGUGCUGUAAUCCCAAUUGAGUGUCAUUAUGAAAGGAAGUACAGUUUGAACAGCUCUCCUCUCCAGCCGACCUGGAUCCCUUUCACCGCCACAGUGCCUGCUGAAGACACGCUGCAGUUCUCAUUGAAGCUUAUGACAAGUGACUGGCUCUAUGAGCGGGCUUCUGGAGUCUACUUCCUGGGUGAUCCCAUCAACAUUGAGGCGUCUGUCAGGGUUGCUCACCACGCCGGGCUCAGGGUCUUUGUUAGCAGCUGCGUGGCCACACUGGACCCUGAUAGCAACUCUGUCCCCAGAUAUGUCUUCAUUGAGAGUGAUGGGUGCUUGAUGGAUUCCCAGCUGCCUGGUUCCCGCUCUGGUUUCAUGCGUAGAACCCAGGACAACAAGCUCGGGUUCCACAUUGAUGCCUUUAGGUUUUACCAGGAGGACAGGGCAGAGCUGUACGUCACCUGCCACCUUAUGGCAGUCCCUGUCAUGGCCCACGCAGAGCCUAGCAACAAGGCAUGCUCCUUCAUUGAUGGCAGAUGGAGGUCUGCUGAUGAGAAUGAUUUGCUAUGUGGGCGUUGUCCAAGCCUGAGUAGACAGAAGGGGGUUGAUCAAGCUCCAGCACAACGUCCCCUCAGUCCAAGACUAGGUGGUAGCCAACUUGAACCUCGUGUCUACCACAACAAAGCCUCUGGUGACAAUAUGAGUAUUGGGAUGAAAGGCAAGAAAGUAUGGGACCAGGAUACUACAUUGGGCCCUGUGAUGGUCCUUCCAAGUAAACAGAAGAGUACACCUGUAUCUCCACGGAUGAGUGGAGGUUUCGAUGUACCUGGCUUCCCUGCCUCAAAAGGGGACAGGAAGCCCGUAUCACCUGGCAGUCGUUGGAGUGGCAUGGACUACAAGAGAGAGCUGGAGGCCACUCCAGACCCUGAGUUGAUUCCUACACCUGAGCCCAAUGGAGACCUUGAGGUUACCACAGAGAAAGAGGGUCUGACUGAGGAUCAGUAUGAGAUUGGAACCUAUUGAAAGGAACUGUUGAUGUGGUUUCAUAAAGAAGGGGUGUGUUCCCAGUCCACUAUCCAAUUUCUAGAAUUGGAAGGCGUUGUCGUGGUGGCCCAUAACAGACUUUAUCCAAGCAGCAGCACACUCCAACUCACUGAGGUUGGUGCUGGUCCUGAUGUCCCAGCACACAAGGAGGAUGACACUACAACAAAGUGACAUAAGCACCACAUCUGUUCCUGGCGAACUCAACCAGUGAAGGGACUACCACAACACAGAUGAUAUCUCAAGAUAUGCCUGUUAAUCUAUUUGAAAAAUAAAUUAUAUAAUGCUACUUCGA